AUGUCUGUCAUUCAACUGGAAGAGCUUGUCGCUUAUCAGCUUCGUACAAGCUAUCUCGACGAAAUCGCAGAUGGUGUUGGGGAACGUCUUCUCAAUGUUAACGAUAGCUUCAUAAACUCGGCUCCCUUCAAAGCCGCUGGCUGGCGACCCAAUUCCUCCCACCACAAGCGGACGCAUUCGCCCCCGAUCCCAACUGCGAUUGCUUCCGAAUACUUUCAAGCACCCAAACAGGCUGGACUUACGCUUGAAGAUGGCGAGGAGGACGGAGGCAUGCUUACCGCGGGCGGAUCGGACACAAUGGGUCCUGGCAUGGCUACCCGGCGGCGCAGGCGUCGCGAGCAGAUGGAGGAGGAGGACAGCAGCGAUUUGAGCGACGAGAGUGAUGACGAUGCAGAUCAAAGAGCUGCGCAGCAAAUCAAGUUCGCAAAAAUGCCAGUGAGACAGAGAGCAGGCUCGUCACCGCUACAAAACACGAAUUUACGACAAGUAGGAGCUGUUUCGCCAAGGGCCCCGCGCAGAGGGUCACAGUCGGCGUUAGGGACAGUCCAGGAGAGACCACGAAGGGAUACAGUCACGAGCAGUGAGAUCUCUUCGGAAAAUGAGACCGACAUCCCGACAGUCCAGAGAUAUCGAGAGGCUGCUCGAGCUGCGACCAGGGCCGCGAAGCUCCAGGCAAGAAUAUUGGAGGAACCUACACCUGGGAUCCAACGAGCCGACACAUCACUCCUGCCCGAAGAGGAAGAAGACUCAGACGAGGCUUCAGAUAUGUCUGAUAACUACGCUGAGAGUAUAGACUCGGCAUCGAUUCUCGAUGGUGUCGAGAAUGCUAUCGGCGCAUCACCGACUCGUCAGGUCGUCGGAACACCUCCCAAGAACUUCACACGACAAGCUACGAUUCGCAAAUCAAAGCCACCGGUGCACCCCGUUGUUCUUGGAGCGUUGCCCCCUCCCCGGCCUAUGAGCAUGAUCCGACCCAUGAGCAUUGCCCAGCCCAGGAGUUUGUUGUCAGCAGCGCUCAAGGCCAAGGAUAAGAAAUCAUCCAUCCCUUUCCAGAAAUUUGCCCAUUUCAGUGGGCAAGGUACACAGGGCUCUAUCGCCGUGCGCAUAUACGCUCCCUUCUCCAAAACGCCAAGCAAACCGUUCCAUGUCCUUAUCCGGCCACGCGUUCAUGAUGGGCAAGGCGCCGAACGGGUGGUGACGGUUGCAGAUCUUAUUGGCUUGAGCUUGUACAGAUACAAUGAGGAGAAACAAGAUCCUCCUCUCCCUAAGGGAAAGCUCAAUAUCAACUGGUGGACCCUUCGUAUGGUUGAAGAGGGCGGCGAAGUUGAUGACGACUUUCCCCCUUUUGAGAGGACAAAGCCGUUGACUUCAUUUACCACGGUUAACAAUGCAGCCAUGCGAGGUGGAGGCCGCAUGCGAUCAAAUUCCACUGCCUAUGAUGAUUUUGCAUUGGCCGAAGCUUCGGAAGACGAGUUCCUUGAGAACAAAUCGUUGACACCACAAGAGGAUGAAGAAGAGGAGCCAACAACUUCACAAGAUAGCGGCGGCGGCGUGUCCCUCAAUCCUGCACAGCCAGAUGAGGAUGCAACUCCCCGAGGGACUCCAGGACCGAACGCCAAUUCUUUCCUGAUGGACCGGCCACGGCAAAACCCCAUUGUUACAACGACAUACCGGUCAAACGCUCCUCCAGCAGAUAUGCCACAAGCACCUGCUGCAGCACCCAAUACAUCCCGAGGACAUCAGAAGCUGCUUCGAAUUCACAUCAUGUCGGCAGAUGUGGCGCCAGGCCAGAUGGUAACACUUGACGUGAUGACCGAUACCUAUUUGGCUGAAGUGCUGGACAUGGUGUGUCGAAAGAGGCAGCUAGACAAGGCCAACCACGUGCUGAAGCUACCUGGAUCAGGAGCUGUAGUCAUGCUGGAUAGGCCGGUAUCAUCCAUUGGAAAUGUCUCAGAUCUGGAGUUGUACAGGCGGCGAUUCGCAACAGAUGGUCCACUAACGAUUACCGGAUCGCCUGGCAGCUCAUCACCAAAGAUGCUGCCUCUAUCCGAGCAAUCCCUGCAGAAGCGUAGUAAGAAGUUACAGACACCAAUGGUCGGAAGCCACCCACUUGCUCGCGAAUCAUUGAAGCAAGAUGAGCUCAGCAAUGCCAGCUAUAAGAAGUACACUGUCUGGCGCAAACAGCCAAUGCGCAUCGUGGGUAUGAGUGAGCGCAUCCUAAUCAUAGACGGCGAGUAUAUCCACAUCAUGCCAGCGUCUGGCGGUAAGGCAUUACAAGACGGAUCAGGCAAGACAACAACGGUUCAUUUCAGCAACGUAGUUGGAUGCAAAGUUCUCCGAAAACACCCAACAAACGUCAAGCUUGUGGUGUACAAAGCGACGGAAAGCAAACGAUAUGACUUUGAAGCCCGUAGCGCGUUGGAGGCGGUUGAGAUAGUGGAGGAGCUCAAGAAGGGUAUGUUUAAAUGA